AUGCUCCUUGGUCUACUGACAUUUCUGAUUCUUGGACCUGAAGCGCUGGCCUCUCCAGUCGAACAAAAAAGAGGGGUGGUAUAUUCCCUAGAUGGGGUCAGUGUAACUACAUACUACGAUGGUCUUUGGCAAACUGAUGGAGACGUUUGUGCUGCAACUUGGGGUGCGGGAUGGUCAGCCAACCAAAAUACAGGUAUACCGACAUGUGAAUGGGAUAUAGCUGUGGGAGCUCCUAGUUUGGCGGAAUUAGGGACUAAUCAAGUUGUUGCUAUGAAUGCCGAUUGGCUCAAAUCUGAUCUCUCUGCUUAUUGUGGGAAAGAGUUGAUAGAUAGAGUUCAAUUCAUGAAACCCGAUGGCAGCGUAUUUCAAUUCUCAGGAGGACCUUUAAUUCUUUGGGAUGCAUGUGCAGCUUGUGCAAGUGCUCCCAUUGUGGACUUAUCGGCCCCCGCAUGGAGAGAACUUACAGGAGCUGGUGGUGAUCAAUGUGGUAACCUAGGUACUUAUUCCGUUCAAGUAUUAGAUAACCAAAUUUGGCCAGCUGUAGAAGGUACAACAUGGGCAGGACCCGAUGGUAAAGGAGUGCCUUCUACUGCAGUUUCUACUACUUUACCUGUAGUAACUUCCAUUCCUGCGGUUCCCGUUCCGAGUACGGCAUCAGGAGUAUGUCAAAUGGGUACGAAUCAAUGUGUUGGACAAAUGUUACAGAUUUGUAAUUAUAAAAGGGAAUGGGGAAAAAAGGUCAUAUUUCGUAUUCUUCAACAGGUGGAAUGGUUCGUUUGGGAAUUAAAUGACGAGUGUUGGGUAACUACUGCUACUUGUGCGGGAAGUUGCAUAAUGGAUGGACCUAGCGCUAAAUGUGCUUGA